UGUGUGCAUGUGCCUGGCUGGGUGCACACCCCGCACGGCGGCGGCGCCAGGACGCGGAGCGCUCCCCAGCGCCCGGCUGCCUCGCUCGGCUCUGGCGGCCGCGACCAUGUUCCAGCCCACAGCCAAGCGCGGCUUUACCAUCGAGUCUUUGGUGGCCAAGGACGGUGGCACCGGCGGGGGCACUGGCGGCGGGGGUGCAGGCUCCCAUCCCCUGGCGGCGGCCGCCUCGGAGGAGCCGCUCCGGCCCACGGCGCUCAAUUACCCUCACCCCGGCGCGGCCGAAGCGGCCUUCGUGAGCGGCUUCCCCGCCGCUGCGGGCGCCGGCCGCUCGCUCUACGGCGGGCCCGAGCUCGUGUUCCCCGAGGCCAUGAACCACCCUGCGCUGACCGUGCACCCGGCGCACCAGCUGGGCGCCUCCCCGCUGCAGCCCCCGCACUCCUUCUUCGGCGCCCAGCACCGGGACCCUCUGCACUUCUAUCCCUGGGUGCUGCGAAACCGCUUCUUCGGCCACCGCUUUCAGGGGGAUUAUUCAGGGAUGAAGCAAGGCCUUUUUCCACCAGAGAGCACGAGCGACGUGCCCCAGGACGGGCUGCUUCUGCACGGCCCCUUCGCGCGCAAGCCCAAGCGGAUCCGCACGGCCUUCUCGCCCUCGCAGCUUCUGCGACUGGAGCGUGCCUUCGAGAAGAACCACUACGUGGUGGGCGCCGAGCGGAAGCAGCUGGCCGGCAGCCUCAGCCUCUCCGAGACGCAGGUGAAGGUGUGGUUCCAGAACCGGAGGACAAAGUACAAGCGGCAGAAGCUGGAGGAAGAGGGGCCCGAGUCGGAGCAGAAGAAGAAGGGCUCCCACCACAUCAACCGGUGGCGCAUUGCCACGAAGCAGGCCAACGGGGAGGACAUCGACGUCACCUCCAAUGACUAGGGUGGGCGGUCACAGACCCACGAGGGCGGAGCGCUGCUCGCUGCUGGCCAGGCCCCUCGGCGGGCCCAGCACGACUCUGGCCACUCCUUGGCCAGGCUGCGUGGAGGCCUCAGGUCACGGCCCCAGAGGGCUUGGAGCCUGGGGCCACCACCGACAGAGGGACAAGAAAUGGGCUGGCUGAGGCCCGGGACUGCUCGACCUUCUCCUCAGAGAGCCUGCCUGCCUGAGCAGGUUGCAGGCCACCGCAGCCUCCCAGCCACUCUCCAUUUCUCUUAUCUCCUUUUUGUUUUGAUGCGUUUCUGUUUAAUUUAUUUUCCAGGCACCCGCUGUAGUUCCUAGUGAUCCCCUUGUGUCUCCCUUCCCUAUGGGAAUAAUAAAAGUCUCUCUCUUAAUGACACAGGCAUCCAGCUCCAGCCCCAGAGCCUGCGAGCCUGGCGUGGUGGAUUCUGGCUCUGAGGGCCAUUGGCGGGACAGGCAGAGCAAAGCUUGCUCAGGGCCUGGGAGCCUGGGGUGGGGCCUUGGAGACUCAGUCCAUUCGCUCUUCUCCUUUCUUGGUGGUUGACCCUGGUCUCUAGCUUCAACUCCACAGCAAGAGAACCUGAGGCUCGAUGUAGGGAAGGACCACCCUGUGUCUUGAGGGAGGCUAUGCUCAAGUCUCUCCAAACUUAAUGAGCAGUGAGAAUCAGGCCCAGGUGGGUCAGGGAGGAGAGAGCGUCCGUACUUGCCCACGCGUAGAGCUCUGGUGGCUUCUCCAGUUGAGGGAAAAACAGAGGAAACGGGGAGUGUUGGGGGCUGGGUGGAGGGCGCACCAUUCGCAGAGGCUGACGGUCCCUGCCGCAGGUCCUGGCCCCACCAGGAUGCUCACCUGUCCCCGGAGAGCCCCCCCUCACCCUCCCGGCAGAUGAAAGCUUCAGCUGAAAGCUUCGGACCCCGGCUGGAGGCCGAGCUCGCAACUGGUUCCCGAGGGCUCAGGGCCUCCCAGCCUGGCAAAGAGCUCAAGGCAGGGCCCGCUAAUCUCUUUAGUUCAUCCGCCUCCAGUUUGUCCACUUGUCUUUCCUGCUUGUCGCACAUCAUGUUUUCCUUCAUCCUAAGAAACAAAACCCGUGUUCCUAACACCCUUUCCCUUACGAUGUCCAGACCUGCCUCUACCUCUUCAGCUCCCAUGUGCUACCCAACCCCUUGCUGUCCCUCCUCUGCCUCUCCACUGGGCUGAUGCUCAUGACCACCACCAACCACAGUUACUGCCACCCUUGUGGCCAGACUCCACACCUCCCGUCUGGCUUCACUGCUCCGCACCUUCUGGCCAUUCCCUCCUGGGCUCCCCCGCCCCUCCCUGCCUUCACUCCGGUACCCCUGACGCCUCUUCCUGCCUCUCUGAGUCCUCCCCAGUCAUCCCUGUCCCAUCACCUCUGUCCACCUCGGGGUCAGUCCGUGCUCCUCCCGCCUCCCGCACUGUGCCCUCCGCCUGGGCCUUUGCAUCCACCUCCAGGACUUCCCUUUGCCUCCCAGCCAGCGCCUCCAGCCAACCUCUGCUGAGCUGCAGACCUAUGAGCCAGCUGCCUGCUGCCCUCCGCACCCCCCAGCACCUCAAACCCAGCGUGUUCACAGCUGACUCACGGCCCCACUUGCUCUCUUCCAGGACUGCCCACCUUCACAAACAGCCAAGGUUUCUUCUACCUUGGGAAACAGUGUACAUGGAUCCCGGGGGUUUGCGAGGGGAGGGCAGCGGUGGGAGGCAAAAUGAGGUUUGUGCAGAUGUCAAGGAUGAGGCCCACUUCAAAGGAGGACCUGCGUGCUGUGGCUAGGGUUCUCUUCCUCAAGCUCAAAUAGGACCACGCCACCCCCUUCCUCAGGCCCCCACUCCGCUCCCUUCUUUCCCACCCUUGGCCUCUCCUCCUUUGCUGCUGGUGCCCUCUGCUUCAGUCUCACCCACGUCAUCCCUGUCCCCCAGUGAGCCACGUGUUUGGCCUCUGCUGUGCCUUUACUUAUCCUAUUCUUGGCGCCUAGAAUGUCCUGGGGGCGGGGGGGUUGAUCAAUGUUGAAGUCACUGGAAAGAUGUCAAAGGCCAAGCCUUGUUGCCUGGGGCACAUGCAGGGAUCCAAGCACAGAAGGUCCUGCUGCUGGGACUGUCAGUGUCUCUCCUGGGUCCAGUCAAUGCUAGAAACCAACGGGCUGUGUCCCAUCCCAACGCCCUCCCCAGACAUCAACCAGGAAAGUCCAAGUUGAACCUCACAGUGGACUCUCGCUGCCGGGCAGGUUGGAUAGCCUCUGGGGAGCAGGUGUGCACAGGUGGGGUGAAGGUAAGAAGGUAGGCAUCUUUUUGGCACCAUCCCAGGGCGGAGGAAUGGGUAAAUUGUUCCUCUCUCUCACUUGGUGGGGGAGGGAGUGUGGGAAGAUCACAGCAGAGCACCCCUGUCAUCCAGAUAAAGGGCUGGAAAAGACCCAAAGAAACCUGCCAAUCUUCCUAGGCCAGACCCGCAAGGGGUGGGGCGGGAGUCCCCGCUGCACUCCCAUCCAUGCCCUCAUGUUGUGCCUCUCCCCGC